CAAAGAGACAAAGAAAGAGGGAGAAGAGAAACAACAAAAGUUAGGGUUUCAAAACCCAAGGGCAAUCAUUCUAGUGUUGUCCCAAGGUUCACAAAAGCAACUCCUCAGGCUGACUCUACGAUCGUUCUCCACGCUGAUCAUCUACAUACAUAUAAAGGAAGGGGGUGCCAACAUGGUGACAAAGAAUUUCAUUGUGGACUUAAACAAGCCUCUUGUUUCUCAGGUUGGCCAUCUUGGAGAAGCUUAUGAGGAAUGGGUUCACCAGCCUGUAGUCAGCAAGGAAGGACCUCGACUUUUUGAGAAUGAUAUUUUGGAGUUCUUCACUCGCACAGUAUGGUGGGCAAUUCCAAUUGUUUGGCUACCAGUUGUGUGUUGGUUUGUUUCCAAAGCUGUCGAGAUGGGCGUUCCUUCUACACAAAUAAUAGUAUCAUUGGUUGGUGGCAUCUUUUUUUGGACAUUGUUGGAAUACUGCUUGCACCGAUUUCUAUUCCACAUCAAAACAAAUGGCUAUUGGGGAAACACCCUACAUUAUCUUCUUCAUGGUUGCCAUCAUAAACACCCUAUGGAUAGACUACGACUUGUUUUCCCUCCUGCUGGAGCUACAUGCAUAGCGGUGCCUUUAUGGUACCUGAUUAAGCUUACAACACCUUCAUCCAUUGCCCCUACUUUCUUUGGGGGUGUCUUGUUAGGAUACAUAAUGUAUGAUUGCACUCAUUACUACGUGCACCAUGGAAAGCCAAAUAAAGGAGUAUCUUCAAAUUUGAAGAGGUUCCACAUGAACCAUCACUUUCGAAUUCAUGACAAGGGCUUUGGAAUCACCUCUUCCUUCUGGGAUAUUGUGUUCGGAACACCUCCUCCAAAAUCUAGCAAGGAAAGCAUGUAGUAUAUGAUUCAACUGGAGAUGUAGAGAAUUCAUGUAUAAGGUAUAUAAUUAAGGUUCUGGAAUUUCUGCGAUGAAGAAGCCUAGUAAAGCCUAGGCUUGUUUUAGUAUGUCUUUUUUCAAGUUGUCUUUUUUUUUCCCCCCUCUCCUCUUCCUCUAUUUGUAUGAUACCUUAUUUGGCAAUUCCUCAUUAUCUAAUAGGCCGUUAGGGA